AUGGGGGUUACAUGGUCAACGGGGAGUCCCUCUGAGAGGUUUGAAAAUGUGGACUCUGCCUCCACAGUGGGUUUCACUGAGAAGUGUGAGGAGGUAGACAGCUCUCCUAAAACAAGUCAGACACGGGAACAUAUGGAAGAGAGCACUGUUAUCAAAAAUAGUCCCUCUGGGAUCAUUGACACUGAGAGUGAAUUUACAGACAGUGGGGCGACAGAGGAUCUCUUCCAGUCUGACAUGUAUGAUCCUUGGACAAAAGUCAAAGAGACCACUACAGAAAAACUGAUGCAACAUUUUAAAUACAUUAAUGAAGGACGGUCAAAUGAAGGGAAACCAACUCUACUGAAUGAAGUCUACACGGAACUCUACAUCACAGAGGGAGGAAGUGGAAAGGCCAAUGAUGAACAUGAGAUCAGAUGGGUUGAGAUGAUCUCCAAGAGACAAAACACUCAUUACUGUCCAAUCAAACCCAGUGACAUAAUGAAGAUUCUUCCUGUCCAAAGAAAACAAAUCAGAACAGUGCUGACAAAGGGAAUCGCUGGAAUUGGAAAGACUGUCUCUGUGCAGAAGUUCAUUCUCGACUGGGCUGAAGGAAAAGCCAAUCAAGACAUCACAGUCAUAGUCCCUCUACCUUUCAGGGAUCUUAAUCUGAAGAAAGAGAACUAUAGUCUCAUCCAGCUACUUCAUCACUAUGCUCCAGAACUGAAAGAGAUAAAAGACAUCGAGGAUGAAAAAAUGAAGCUGCUAUUAAUUUUUGAUGGUCUGGAUGAGUAUCGUUUUCCUUUAGAUUUCCAGAACAAUGAGGUUUGCUGUGAUGUGACAAAGUCAACCUCAGUGGAUGUGCUGCUGACAAACCUCAUCAAAGGGAAUCUGCUCCCCUCUGCUCUCCUCUGGAUAACCUCCCAACCAGCAGCAGCCAAUCAGAUCCCUCCUGAGUAUAUCCAUAGGGUCACAGAGAUCCGUGGGUUCAGUGACCCUCAGAAGGAGGAAUACUUCAGGAAGAGAAUCAGUGAUCAGAGCCUGGCAAACAGAAUCAUCACACACAUAAGGUCAUCAAGUAGCCUCUAUGUCAAGUGCCACAUACCGGUCUUCUGUUGGCUUUCAGCCACUGUGCUUGAGAACUUGAUGAGUGAUGCAGGUACUGGUGAAAUCCCCAAAACACUGACUGAGAUGUACACUCACUUCCUGCUCAUUCAGAUCAGUUUGAAGAAUAAGAAGAGCCAUGGAGCCAGAGUGGGUAUCUCAAAGAAGCUGUCUGAAUCAGACAAAGAGAUGAUUCUGAAAUUAGGAAAACUGGCUUUCCAACAGCUGGAGAAGGGUAAUCUGAUAUUCUAUGAAGAGGACCUGAGAGAGUGUGGCAUUGAUGUGAAUAAAGCUUCAGAGUACUCUUCAGUGUGCACAGAGAUCUUUAGAGAGGAGUUGGGAUUGUACAGGGAGAAGGUUUUCUGCUUUGGACAUCUGAGCAUUCAGGAGUAUCUUGCUGCAUUGUAUGCAAAUGUUACAUGUAUGAAUGAGAACAAAAAUGUUUUCACAGGAAAAAAAAUGGAUGGAAAACAUGAGUUUAAACUUUCUGACCUUCACCGAAGUGCAGCGAAGAAGGUCUUACAGAGUAAGAGUGGAUACCUGGAUCUCUUACUAAGCUUUCUUCUCGGUCUCACUCUGAUCUCCUGCCAGUCUGUCCUUCAACAACUCAUAUCAGGAAGCUGCUCAGAAAAGUGUGAGCAGAGCAUGACAAAAACAACUAUGUGUAUCAAUGAGUGGAUAAAGACGGAAUCUUCACCAGAGACAAUCAUCAGUCUGUUCCAUUGUUUGAAUGAGCUGAAAGACAAUUCUCUUGUGGAGGAAAUCCAAACUGCCUUCAGAUCUGGAACCCUCUCAGAUAAAGAGCUGGAACCACACCAGUGUUCAGCUCUGGUCUAUGUGCUACUGAUGUCAGAGGAGGUGCUGGAUGAGUUUGACCUGAAGAUGUACAAAACAUCAGCAGUAGGUCAGCAGAGGCUACUACCAGUACUGAGGACCUGCAGGAGUGUCAGCCUGAGUUGGUGUGGUCUCACUGAGGGAUGCUGUGAAGAUCUGGCCCUUGUCCUGAGAUCUCCCCAUUCUAACCUAAGAGAGAUGGAGCUCAGAGACAAUGACCUGCAGAAUUCAGGAGUGAUGCUGCUCUCUGCAGGACUGGGCAGUCCACAGUGUAAACUAGAGAAAUUGGGGCUGUCAGGUUGUCUAAUCACAGAAGAAGGCUGUGUUUCUCUGGCCUCAGCUUUGAUUUCAAACCCCACACACCUGAGAGAGCUGGAUCUGAGCUACAAUCACCUAGAAAACUCAGGAGUAAAUACACUCUUUGCUCUGCUGGAGGAUCCACACUGUAGACUAGAGAAACUGGAAUUGGAUCAUAGUGGUGUGUGCUGGGUGAAACCUGGACCAAGGAAAUAUGGCCGUCAGCUCACACUGGACCAAAACACAGCACACAGAAGCCUCUCUCUGUCUGAGGAGAACAGGAGAGCGACAUGGAGUCCAAUAGAGCUUCCAUACAUUCAUCAUCCUAACAAAUUUAAAGUCUAUCCUCAAGUCCUGUGUAAAGAGGCUCUGACUGAACGCUGUUACUGGGAGGUGGAGUGGAGUGGAACUGUUGUCGAUGUAGGAAUCACUUGUAAAUAUUUUGGUAUGGACAGUGGCAUAUUGGGAAUGGAUCACAAAUCAUUUAACAUGUCAUGCAGUAAGGACGGCUUCUCUUUCUUUCAUAACGGUAAAAUAAUUGCAACUCUUUCUCAUCCGAGUCCUUCUACCAGAGUAGGAGUGUAUCUAGACUGGGAUGCUGGCACUCUGUCCUUCUACAGCAUCUCCAGUGACACACUGAUCCUUCUACACACAUUCCUUGCUACAUUCACUGAGCCCCUCUAUGCAAAGUUUGGGAUUACUGUGGAUUCUACAGUGACCCUGUGUAAUAUGGGUUAG